UUACAAUCAUUACAGACAGUGUUUUAGAGUCGAAUGAAACUUUCCAUGUCUCCGUUACCACUGAGCUACCGAGUGUGAAUAUUGGCGUCAGUGAGGCCCUGAUUACCAUCAUAGACAAUGAUGAGGUUGUUUCUGAGGUUUUCUGAUGAGCAGCAAAGCUCAUAUGAAGAGUCUGAAAUGGCAGCUACUGUGUGUGCAUCUCUGAGUGGAGCCAUUGAGAGAACGGUGGUGGCAACAAUCACUGCACAGGAUGAAACUGCCACAGCUGAGAGUGGCGACUACUCCAUUACUAGUGGAGAGUUGGUAUUCGAAGCAUCAACUGAGCCCAUAGCCUGUACCAGUGGGAUUAUGAUUCUCCAAGAUCAAGUUCUGGAGGAUGAAGAGACGUUCUUUCUCUCACUGGAAUCAUCAGACCUGUGGGUCAAUUUGGACCCUGUUGCCUCCACACUAACAAUUGAAAUAAGAGAUGCCAAUAGUAAGUAC